CAAAUAACCGCGAACUUAUGUGAUUGCGUGAAUUUAUCACUUGUGUAGACAUAUUUUUUAAGUUGUUGCUACCAUGAAUAGUCUGGGCGAUGAUUGCACGGAGCUAAAGAAGCAAUAUGACGCCUGCUUCAACUCUUGGUUUUCUGAGCAUUUCCUCAAAGGACGGCAUGACGAUUCGCUGUGUGCGCCGAUCUUCAAAAUUUAUCAAGAUUGUGUAAAGCGAGCAAUGCGUGAGCAAAAGAUUGAACUUCGAGAAAUCGAUUCUGAAAUCAAUACCGGCGAACAUCAACAGGAGCAAAACCAACAACAACAAAAACCUGACCAUACAAAAAGUUGACCGAUACUAAAUAGUGAUCUUUCCACCACUGCUACUUCAAA